UGGAUAGGAAGGCCAAAAACCCUUGGCGGCUGUGACCACAACCGCUUAUCUCAUUCUUGUGUUAGUCAUAGAUUAGCAAUGGAGCGGACUGGUUCUAACUGCGAGCUCAAAAUAUAAAAAGAGCUUGAAUUUUUGCCCAUCAGCAAAUUGAAAAGCAUUCCAUCAUGGUCACUUACAAGAGGUUUCUUUAGAACAUCAGCUGACAAUAGAAUGGGAGAAAUUGAGAUUCGUGACAUUGUCGAGUCGGACUACGAAGAAUGGUUGAGGUUAUUUGAAUUGUACUUAGUAUUUUACGAGAAGUCACUCCCAACUGAGAUCAAGGAGGCGACAUUCAAACGAGCACUCGACCCCAGUGUUGACAUGUGGUCGUCGCUAGCAAUCCAUCCGGAAACUAAGAAGCCUAUCGGCUUGGUGAACUACUUGAGACACAUGUCCACCUGGUCCGUCACCGACCAGCUUUACUUAAACGAUCUAUACGUCGAGGAGGGUCAACGCUUGAAACACGUGGGAAGAAAUUUAAUCGAAUAUGUCUAUGCAAAAGGUGAUGCCAUGGGUGCCCCUAAUGUCUACUGGUGUACUGACAUGACCAACCAUAGAGCCCAGUUGUUGUAUACUAAGGUUGGCUGGUACUCUGGAAAGGUGAUCUACAAAAGACCACCAGGCUCCUACUAAUGUUGGUGCCGUAGGUGGCGGCUUGAACAGAAAGAGAGAUAUCUAAAUUUGUGAUAGGUCUAAUUUCCUGGCUGGUGGUUAGCAGAUAAGUUUUUGCAGCAUUCCAGGAGAUAUUGGAAUCGAGUUUUAUAGCCUAGUGUCUUUUUAUUCUAAUGUGUAAGGUGAAGAACAAUGCCGUUCAGACGUCCAAGUGAUUUUUGGUCACUAAAAGUGCCGCGACAUUGGUUUUGUUGCACCGUUGUAUACGUUAAUUAGUUAUCGAAAGAUGAUGUAAAAAGGGGUGGAGGUUUACGGGGUAAACAUAAAAGCUGGGGUUGAUCAUUGUUCUGUCAUACAAAUGAGAUGACAGCAGGAAAGCAGAAUGCUGCAAAUGAGACUUGGAAAGGC